AUGUUCGGUAGACUGAAGGACUACCGAAUGAGGGUGAACCCAACGAAGUGCGCCUUCGGUGUAUCUUCCGGUAAAUUUCUCGGAUUCAUGAUCAGCCAAAGGGGAAUCGAGGCUAAUCCCAAGAAAAUCAAGGCCAUAAUCAACAUGGAAACGCCGAAGACACAGAAGGACAUUCAAAGCCUUACCGGACAUGUCGCUGCCCUGACACGCUUCAUCUCCAAGGCUACCGACAGGUGCGUGCCGUUCUUCAAAGCCUUGAAAGAGGGCAAACAUCAUAUCGCAUGGACUCCCGAAUGCGACCAGGCAUUUCAAGACUUGAAGAACUACAUGAGCAAGGCACCGCUAUUAUCAAAACCGCUCCCAGGAGAAGUCCUCCUCCUCUACCUUUUGGUAUCCAAAACUGUCGUCAGCUCAGUAUUGAUACGGAAGCCAGUGAAGGCAGAGCUACCGAUUUUCUAUGUCAGCAAGGCUCUUCAGAGCGCAGAACUUCGGUACCCACCCUUAGAGCAGCUAGCACUAGCCCUGGUCGUCUCGGCACAAAGGCUUCGCCCAUGCUUCCAGGCGCACGAGAUCACUGUUCUGACAAACCAGCCCCUUCGGCCAAGGCCUGCAGAAAAAGGUCAGGCUGUUGCCGACUUCAUCUCCGAGCUCACACCUCCUGCACUAUUGGAAACAUCCUGUCCGAAUUCUAUUCUUACUGCACCGGAGAAAAUGGAUGCCGAGCGCUUUGACACUUCCGUCCCUCUCUGGAUUCUGCACGUGGAUGGCUCGGCAAACCAGCAAGGCUGUGGUGCCGGCUUAGUGUUAACCACUCUGGACGGUGGCAAAGGCAAAUAUGCCCUCCGAUUCAACUUCAGGACCUCUAACAACGAGGCAGGGUAUGAGGCUCUCCUGGCUGGCCUUCGGCUAGCCAAGAGUAUUGAUACGGAAGCCAGAGAAGGCAGAGCUACCGAUUUUCUAUGUCAGCAAGGCUCUUCAGAGCGCAGAACUUCGGUACCCACCCUUAGAGCAGCUAGCACUAGCCCUGGUCGUCUCGGCGCAAAGGCUUCGCCCAUGCUUCCAGGCGCACGAGAUCACUGUUCUGACAAACCAGCCCCUUCGGCAGGUACUCCAAAAGCCAAAAACGUCGGGCCGAUUGGGCAAAUGGGCAAUCGAGUUAGGAGAAUUUGA